AAAUAAUGUCUGCAUUGGACCGUUAACUGAUCUGGAAGAACAGGAUGGAUAGAUGGAGAGACAGAAUGGGUCAAUCACAUUGCUUCUUCCUAUUUAUUAAUGGAGACUGCAGUCUUUCUAGAAAAUGUUUAGACAUCGCUCUCCUUUGGGAUGCAAACCACAGAAGUAGGCUGGCUAGCUAACUAGCGACUAACAUACAGUAUGCAGCAAUAACAGACACCGGACCCAAACCUUCGGCUUCUGCCACUGCUGUCUCGUAUGACUGGCUGAAAGCACGCGUAACUAAAUUAGGUAGUUAUGUGGACUAGAUAGGAUGUGUAACAGUUGAUCCUGACGGAUAGGUGGCGGUAUGUUUCGGAGUCGGGUGCUGUCUUGUCAUUCUGACAGAAUCAUUUUGUCCGGGUUAUGAACCGAAAACGGGCCCUUAUAUCAGACACGUUUAAAGUGAACAAACGAAGAGUUGGCAAUGAGAAGCAGUUUGGAGCUGUCAACAAUGGAGAAGCGGGACCACUGGACGUCAAAGCCACCCUGCAGGACCUUAUGACAUUAUUCCCACGCAAACUCUUCAAUGACGCCCUUCCACAAAUUGUCCUAAAACACCAACUCUACAGCAUACACAAUGAUAGGACCCAAGUGGACAGGCAGCUUAGUGACUUGAGGGAACAGGGGGAGCUGUUGAUGUUCCAGCUGGGCUUUGAUGCUGAGGCCUUUGGGUUGGUGUUCGCUGCAGACUACAAGGCUAAAGUCCUGGCUGGGGAGGAGGGGAGAGGGACACGGGGCACAGUGGAUAAAUUCCUGGAGAAAGUGCUGCCCUCCUGCAAUGACCUGAGCUUCAACAAAGACAAAAUGCUGAAGGAGUUUCUCUUCACAGACUCAGAGAUAACGCAACUGGUGAAGUCGGGGGUUCUGACUGUGAGGGACGCUGGCAGCUGGUGGCUCUCCAUCCCCAACUCUGGCAGAUUCACCAAGUACCUAAUACAGGGUCGUAAAGCUGUGCUGGGCAUGGUUAAGAAGUCCAAAUAUAAUGAAGUCUUAAAGGCAGAACUGGAGGAGAGGCAGACCAACUCACAGGUUAAAUUCCAGAUCAAGUACCACAUCCAUGACAUCAUUGGUGCAGAGCUAGUAGAAUGUAUACCCACAACUUCAGGAACAUUGUUACGGUGUGUGGACUACUGAACCCAACUGACUGAAUGGAUACAACAACCUGUUUCAUGGAUGAAACCCUUAAAGCAACUGAACAUGACGAGAGGCCAUGUUACACCAACGAAUCUGGUUAAUCAUUUAUUGCCUUGUUUUUCUGCCAAAUAGGUGAAAUGCCAAUGGUGUAAAAUAAAGCCUUUUCUGGUUUGUAAAUCGUUUAAGGUU